CGCGCGGGUAUGGACGGGCUCAUCGCGCGCGGGGCCAUCUCGAGCGUCCUGGCGCAGGCGCGCGCGUCGCUCAAGCACCCGUCGCGGCCCUUCACGCCCAAGACUGGCACACGCCCGCUCUUCUACGGCGACGACUACCGCCCGAGCUCUCGCCCGAGCUCGACGUUCUCGACGGAUGCGUCCGAGUUUGAAAAGCCCAAGAAGAAGCGGCCGUCGCGGCGACGAGACAACCAAGAGGUCGAGGUCGUGACCACGCCCAUCUCGACGGCGCGAGACAACGACCGUCCGCAGUCGUCCAUGAGCGAGUACGAGCCCAGGUGUGGCGAGAAGGCGUCCCCAUCAUCGCGUGGUCUCGAUGCCAAAGCCACAUCCGACGACAUGAACGACGAGAACGAGCUAGCACCCGUCUCGACCAUCGAGGCGCUGGCCGACCGGCUCGAGGAGCUCCAGCAGCACCUCGACAGCUUCCGAGCGCACGCAGACCAAGACGAAGAGGCCUUUGCGACCGUCCAAGCGAUCUGCAAGGCCACGUCGCAGGUCUACCACGACACGCACCUGCUUCGUGACGAGAGCGCGCUCGGUGCGCUUGCAGCGGCGAACGCGGCCUGUCUCUCGCAGCUCUUCGAGUGCAUCGACGUCGCCGCCGGGCGCAGCGUCAUUGAGCUCACGCGGGCGUCCAUCACGCUAUAUGUGUGCCGCCUCGGACCGCUCGACGCGUUUGAAGAUGCGGUGGUGCAUGCGGCCAAGCUGCUCUUCCUCCAGAGCAAGGACCCAACCAACGACGACCACUUUUGCCACGUCGCGGUCGUCGAGACGCUCGUCGGCGUGCUGAGCGACGCGUCAUCGUCCAAGAAAGGUCCGUUGCCGAUGCAGCUGCUCAUCUACGUGGCGGGCACGCUCAAGAAUGCGUCAUCGACGACGCGCAUGGUGUCACUGCUCGCCACAAACGGCGCCAUCUCGAUUCUGAAAGCGAUCUUGCACCUGCACGUCCGCCACGAUGGUAGCCGGGGCGGCGAGAACCCCGUCGCGCAACUCCUCGUGCAGGUGACGGCGAUCCUGCGCAACCUCGCCGUGCACAAGUCGUGCCACAAGCAGUUCUGGCACUGGCACGUGACCGAGGCGCUCUGCGCACUCUUGCCGCUCUACCCGUCGCACCUCGAGCUCAUGCUCAACAUCUCGCGCGUCCUGAGCAAGCUCACCUUGCACGAAGCCGGCCGGUCGCCGAUCAACAAGAGUCCCGACAUCCUCGGCGACCUCGUCGCGCUCCUCGACCUCUCCUCGUCGGGGGCGCCGCACCGGUUCCAAGCCGCUCUCCUCGUGCGGCUGUGCUUUGUCCUUGGAAACCUCACGGCGAGCAACGAGAAGAACCGGAAGCUUCUCGCCGUGUCGCACCGCGCCGUGUCGAUCCUGGUCCGGACCUUGCAGCAGUACGGUCGGCUCUACAUGCAGCAGUCGUCCUCGACGAAACGCGCGCCCCAUGACACGGACGAAGAUGACGACGAUGACGAAGAGGAUGAAGACGACGAGUCGAUGGAUGUGCUAGUCAAGCUCAUGCGGCUGCUGGCCAACAUCUCGAUCAACGCCACCGCGGGCGCGAUCGCCGCGGCGUCGCCGGGCCUCGACUGCCUCUUCGAGCUCCUCUCGCACGCCACGCAAUGCGGCCACGACGAGCUCCAGCUCAACAUUGUGAGCUGCUUGACCAACCUCUCGUACUACGCGUCGCCGACCGAGUCGGCUCCAAACGUCGUCACGACGCACCGCAUCGAGCUCGCGACCGCGCUCUGCGCCGGCUUGGUCGAUCCCAACGACGAGAUGGUCAUCGAGGCGGCGCGGGCACUCGGGAACCUCGCGCGGUUCCCCGACGUCCUCGCGCACUUGGUCCAGACCCAAUCCUUUGAGAUGCUCCUCGCCUUGCUCGAGCACCCGAGCAAGCUCGUCGUGUCGUCUGUUUGCGGCAUCUUGAUGAACGCGGCGCUGGACGGCCCGAGCCGCAAGGCGCUGCUCUCGCUGCAGGCGCGCGACGCGCUCACAACGCUCUUCCGCAGCGUCGGCCUCACGGACGUGGCCUGCAGCACGCUGGUCUGCAAGGCCUUGUACAACUUGGGCUUGCAGUCAACGACCAAGUCGUUUGCGACGCACCGUCUCCUCCUAAGCACCCUCGAAGAGCUCAGCGAGAGCACGCAGGAUGCUGAGGCCGGGACGCCGCUGGCCGAGUUUAUGGGCGUCGCGCGGGCGCUCAUGCGCAGCCUCCUCGCCUAACGCGCAAGGCUGACGCCACGAAAAGUAUAUAUAUAUCAAUCUAUCGAGUGAUCACAGCUCCAGUGCGCGGA